AAUCGGUUUGGUGCACGAAGCUCCAAGAUCGCAAUGGCUAAACCCAAGGGAGAGAGAAAAGGCAAAUCUGCCAUCAACGAAGUUGUAACUCGUGAAUACACGGUUAACUUACACAAACGGCUUCAUGGAGUAGGGUUCAAGAAACGUCCUCCUCGUGCCAUUAAGGAAAUCCGUAAAUUCGCAGAGAAACAAAUGGGAACCCCCGAUGUUCGAGUGGACACUCGCCUAAACAAAUUCCUUUGGUCCAAGGGAGUCAGAAAUGUCCCCUUCCGCGUCCGUGUGAGGCUGUCUCGCAGACGUAAUGACGAUGAGGACUCAGCACACAAACUGUUCACCCUCGUGACCUACGUACUAGUAGCCUCAUUCAAGGGCUUGCAGACAGAGAAUGUUGACGCUAGCCAGGAAUAUACUAAAACUUUAUCUAAUGAAUAUAAUAUUCUGUUUGGUUUUUUUUCCUCAACUCAAAAAUUCAGUUAUUAG